CUUGGACUCGUCGGCUCAGUCUGUGUUGGCCCCGCCGCCCCGCCUGCCCGCUGCCGCUCGGCCCAGGCACCAGGCUCCCAGGAGGCAGCGCUUUCGAACCUGCCUCCGAGUCCUGCCGUGACAGUGCCGAAGUCCGGCCCGAAAGCCGAAAGCAGCCGAAAGCCGAACGCCCCAAGAGGCAAAGUGCCGCUGAGUGUUUUGUUGGUGCUGUGACGGCGAUCGGCGUUGAGAGAUCUCCGAGAUGGCGGGCAAGGGCGAGGCCAAGUCGGCCCGCACGGCGGUCACCGUGGUGCUGGUGGCGGCGGCGUUCGUGUCGCUGCUGCUGGGCAAGUCCAUGCUGCUGCAGGCCGGGCUGGCCGUCGUCCUGGGAUGGCUGCUGACGGGCACGCGCUACCAGUGGCUCUACAUCCUGCAGCACACCCUGGGCAGGGACCUCAAUGCCCUGGUUCGGUUCGUCAGGAUGCACCUGACCAUGUGGCUGUGGGAGAAGAGGGGGCUGCCCACCAUCCCGCUCAUCUUCUCCUCGGUGGCGCAGAAGAACCACAAGAAGGCCGCCUUCCUGUUCGAGGGGCAGUCCUGGACCUUCAAAGAGGUGGACGAGCUGAGCAACCGCCUGGGCAACUUCAUGAAGUCGCAGGGCAUCCGCAAGGGCGACACGGUGGCGCUCCUCAUGGAGUCCCGGCCGGACUACGUCUGCCUGUGGAUGGGGCUGGCCAAGCUGGGCGCCACCUCCGCCCUCAUCAACUACAACCUCCGCUUGGACCCCUUGGUGCACUCCAUCACCGUCGCCAACGCCAAGGCCGUCAUCGUGGGCACCGAGCUCGCUCCCGCCUUGCAGGAAGUGCGGUCCAAGUUGAACAACAUUCCCAUUUUCCAAUAUGCUGAUGCACCGAAGAAUGCCCCCGCCAAGCCGGAGGAGCCCUCAAAACUGCUCCCUGGGGCAGUGGACCUGAGAGUCAAGAUCUGGGAUACCCCUGCAACCUCCCUCAAGGAAGACAUGGCGAAAAUUAAGAAUACAGACCAUUUGUUUUACAUUUACACAUCAGGAACUACUGGGUUGCCCAAGGCUGCUAUCAUCAAUCACAUCAGGUUCCAAUUCAUGGCUGUGGCUGUUCACACCAUGCUAAACUUCAGAGACGAUGACAUUGUUUACGACCCUUUGCCUCUGUACCAUACAGCUGGUGGCAUGCUUGGCAUCGGCCAAGCAGUGCUCUUUGCUAAUACCAUUGCCAUCCGAAGGAAAUUCUCGGCUUCCAACUUCUGGAAGGACUGUUGCCAAUACAAAUGCACUGUUGCUCAAUAUAUUGGAGAAAUGUGCAGGUACCUUCUUACAGUACCUUCUCAACCUGCGGAGAAGGAGCACAAGGUUCGCAUUGUUGUCGGAAACGGACUGAGGCCAGCUAUUUGGACACAGUUUUGCGAAAGAUUCAACAUCGCUGAAGUUGGAGAGUUUUAUGGUGCAACAGAGAGUAAUUCCAACAUAAUCAACAUUGACAGCACAGUUGGAGCAGUCGGUUUUGUGCCUCGUUAUGCUGGAGCUGUCUACCCAGUAUCUCUAGUUCGUGCUGAUGAUGACACUGGUGAACCUAUCCGUGGACCUGAUGGACUUUGUCAGGUUUGCCAGCCAGGUCAGACUGGUGUGUUUGUGGGUAAAAUCAAUCCCAAAAAAGCACACAGUGCAUUCAGUGGGUAUGCUGACAAGAAGGCUUCAGAAAAGAAGGUCAUCAAGGACGUUUUCGUGAAAGGAGACUCUGCCUUUAAUUCAGGUGAUAUUCUAGUCAUGGAUGAAUUUGGUUACUUUUACUUCAAAGACCGAACUGGCGACACAUUCAGGUGGAGAGGAGAAAAUGUGGCCACUUCAGAAGUGGAAGCAGUUAUCAGCAAUGUUGCUGGAAUGAGCGAUGCAGUGGUUUAUGGUGUUGAGAUCCCAAAUGUUGAAGGAAGAGCUGGCAUGGCAGCUAUUGUAGACUCUGAAAAUAAAUUGGAUUUGGAUGCUCUGGCAGAGGGGAUGCGCAAGUCUCUCCCAGUAUAUGCAAGACCUCUGUUCUUGAGAGCGAUGAAAUCAUUGCCAAUGACAGGAACCUACAAACUGCAAAAGAAGGAUUUGUUAAGUGAUGCCUACGACCCUGCCAAAAUUAAGGAUGCUCUGUACUUCUUUGAUGGAACUGCAAAUAAGUUUGUUCCCUUAACAGCAUCUCUCUACCAGGAUAUCAUAACAAAUAAAAUUCGAUUCUAAAAGAACAAAUAAAAAGCAAAUAAGAUUCAAAAAAUGAAUUAAAAACUUCAAGUUUGCAUCUUCUUUUAUUGAAAGAAAAUCUUUAUGUAAAAUGUGAACAUAAAGACUUAAUGGACUGUUUCUAGAAAAUAUACCAGUGAGGAGGAACUGUAGCGCUGUUGCAGAAAGUUUGCGCUGAGAUGUAGUUGGUGUUUUGUAUUACUGAAUUGUUAAGCAGCAUUAGAGACCACCUGUCUACUACCUGUAACUCAUGGACAAAACUGCAUCACAUAGUUUAAUUCCUGUUAAUUAAUAGUAGUUAUGUGGAAUGCAGACAUUGUACUCUACAUGGGCUACUGUAUCCAAUCGACAUUGAAGUGGACAGGAGUAUUUGCUGGAGUUAUUUAAUUUUAAAACUCCAGCCAAUUUCUUGUGGAAUAGGUACUUAAUCUGAAUUUUAUAAGUAAUGGAAGCCUCUACAGAGCUAGUUAUUUGUUAUUGAAGCUCUUUGAAUGGGGUUGAGUUUUCCAUUAAAUAAUGUAAGAUUUGUACUUAAUUUGUUAUUUGUUUUGUCUAAAGUGAUUGCUCUCAUUAGUAGGUUAAUUCAAUCAAGUGAUGAAUGAGUGGUGCUGGUUGAGCUAUCUUUUGUACGCUUCUGUACAGCUCUCUGUGAUCUUCAAAUAAGAAAAUGUUUGUUUUUAGAAACAUGUUUAUCAAUUUGUGCCUUUGCAUUAAGUUCAUUCAACUAUUGUUCUAGCGUGAAGAGUUGGUUAGUCAUUGCCCAAUACAGUAUGGAAUGAACAUUUGCUCAAUUGUGGUUAGAAUGAGAGAAAACUUGAGGUUGAGCAGGUCAUUAUGAACUGCAUCUGCUUAUAAUGUGUGUGAGUUUCUGAACUCAAAGUUUUGAAUGUUAACAUAUUUAUUGUAUAUAUUUUUUCACUUAAAAUAAAUAUGUCGGCUAGUUUCA